AUGCCGCUCGUCCUCCGCCCGCCGAACCACCCCGUCCCUGAUGCCUCACUCGGCGCCUUCCGCCACAGGGCCGCCGCGCUCGCCCCACCCUCGGCGCCGCACCUCCACCGCCACCUCCGCUGGCUCCUCGCCAACGCCCCCGCCUCGUGCACGAGCGGCCGGAGCACGCCGUCCACCCCGGGCACGCGGCGCUCGACGUCUUCGUCCGUCUCCGUCUCCAUAUUCGCCCGAGGUGUCUCCUCAUCAUCUACAGCAAAGGAUCCCCAUCGCCCGCCACCAGUCUGCAGCAGAGGAUCCCAACUCUGUUGGGCACAACACGAACACCCAAAACAGAUCAUCAGCAUACACAACCAGUGGAACUGCUACAAAGCACCAGAAGAAGGCGAAGCAAAGAGGGCAAGAUCACAACAGCUCUUCUCGGUGAGGAAAUGCUCGGUCCUGCAGAACAACCGUGAAGCAGAAGUUUACUACGUGCUCGUCUGCGGGGUGCUUCUGGUGGUCUCGCUCUUCGAGCACGUUUGGAGGCCGCUCAAGUGGUUCGUCGUGGCGCACCAUGGACGUCAACAUACUCAUGCUCACCGCAGCUAUCUUAGGAGAGUGUCCUAUAUGGGGAAGCAAAGCAGCAGCAUGCUGCUCCUUUGGCAGGUCGGCUCCUGGACCAUUUGUGCUCUUCUUGAUACCAGCUCUUUGUAUUGUUGCUGCAUUAAUGCUGAGAUUUUGGUCCAUCUGUACACCAUCUUUGAGGUCCAGGCGUACGCCUCCAUGCUUGCCGGCGGCGCCCUUUCCUUCAACCUCGUCUUCCCCUCCAGCGAGCCGGACAUUUGGAGGCUCAUGUGGAUGUGGUGCAUCUGGAUGUUCAGUUGCUGCUGCUAUGAUGGAAGAUCAGAAGAGGCAUGGAGAUGCGCACCACAGCUUUAGUUGAUGUUGCACCAUGUUUUGGUGCUUGUGUAUCUGUUUUUGCUUGUAAGCAUACUUGUAUGUGCUUGUGUAUCUGUUUUUGCUUGUUUAGUUGAUGUUGGACGUGCAGACUUGUAUGUGCAGUUGUGUAUCUGUUUUUGCUUGUGUAUCUGUUUUUGCUUGUUUAGUUGAUGUUGGACGUGCAGACUUGUAUGUGCUUGUGUAUCUGCUUUCACUACAUUAAAUUCUGAAAAUUAUUUUGGA